GCCUCCUCAGUGUCUACGAGUGUUUCCGUUGGUGGCAGGACGUAAGGGCGGCGAUUUUCGGUGGCGGUACUGUAACUGUAACUGUAAAACACCCCUCACAUCGUAGCGACACGGGCUUGGCCACGAGCGAGCGCGCGCCGGGAGCUGCAUAAUCCUGCGCACACGGGGAUUUCUCUGAGGCAUGCUGGGAUUACAGGCCAAUCCGUAGCAGCCGGACAAUGUCCACCGCGGGCUUGAGCACACCAGGAUUCCACUUGCCAUUGAGGGGCACCUUCCUACACAGCAGCCACUGCCACAGCAUGGCUAAUACCAGGACCUAUUGGGACCAUCAUCACAACCUGAGCAACCUGUGCUUAGGGCUCAACACAGCUUCGAUGGACAACAAUCAGAGAGGACAGCAAAGAGCUUUGUCCACAACCUCUGACAGGCAGCCCGCUGUUACACACUCACCACAAAGCCCAAGUGCCCAACGUUUGCCCCCCAAGAAGUUCCGACCCUCCCACCUCAUCCUGCAGUCUGUCAGUGAUGUGUCCAUGUCCACACCACCUGAGGGCGACCAGGUGGUCCCUUCCUUCCAGCGACUAUCAGUAUAUGAGCACAGUCCCCCGCACACCCCAAACCGGUGUGCCAAACCCCUGCCCCCGCUCCCUGGCUCGGCGGAUUUAUCUUCCGAUGAAGCUGUGGACAGUGAAGUGGAGUUUUUCACCAGCACAGACGAGAGUCAGAGCCUCGUGCCAGACUCCUGCCUCAAGCCCCCAGCAUUCCGCUGCGGUGCCCCUGGGCGUCGCAGCUUCAGGGGCUGUGGGCAAAUCAAUUAUGCCUAUAAUGAGGGCCAUGGAAGCACAGAGCACCUCCGGGAGCUACGCGAUCAGCAGAAGCCUACAGUUGUGGCAACAGUGAUGUCAGCAACAGAGAGCCCCAGACAGCAGGACCGUGCACAGCGCAGGCUACGACGCUCCCAUUCAGGUCCGGCAGGCUCCUUCAACAAGCCCGCUGCCCUACGGCUCUCCUGCCACCAUCAUGGUGGACACACACAGGACAAGCCAGAGGUGCCCCCUCGAGUCCCCAUUCCACCCCGCCCAUCCAAGGCUGUUGACUGCCGCCGAUGGUCAGCUGAGGUAUCAUCAGGGGCUUGCAGUGAUGAGGACAAGCCCCCCAAAGUGCCCCCUAGGGAACCCUUGUCCCGGAGCAGCUCUCGCACACCUAGUCCCAAAAGUCUCCCCAUGUACAUCAAUGGAGUCAUGCCACCAACUCAGAGCUUUGCUCCAAACCCAAAGUAUGUCAGCAAAUCCCUUCAGAGGCAGAACAGCACAGAGUCGCCAGCACCGCGUGGGCCCUGCAUCCUGCCCAUCAUAGAGAAUGGCAAGAAAGCCAGCACCACACACUACUUCCUCCUUCCCACACGCCCAGCCUACCUGGACAGUGACAAGUUACAAAGGUUCUUUAAAGAGGAUGAUUGUGGAAGUGGCAGUAAUGGCAAUUCGAGUCCGCCAUGGGAUUGCGAGGUGCGACAGAAAUCCCACAUACACAUGGUAUAGCAUGACACAAACAAGGUACUGUGGGAACUGAAGACUGAGGGGCAUUUAGAGACUUGAUGACCUGAACACAUAAAACACUAACUGCUGCUUUGUCACCUGUACCAUCCAAAAUAGAUCAGUUUUCUCAGCGUAGACAACUUUUUCACUGAAAGGGUCACCUGUAAUGAAAUGUGAUUACUGUUUGUAUGUUUUAUUGUUUUACCUCAAAUUCUUGUUUGGGUUAAAUGUUACAUUGAUUUAAUAUGCUAACAUUACUUGUUCUUGCAAAUAACAGCUACACUAUGUUGGUCUGUACAAGUCUAUGACUAUUCCAAUAUCUCAAUAGCGAACAGGAACAUCAGAUCUGAGUAAUUAUGUCACGUUAUUAUGGUGAUGUUCCUUAAAUCUGUAGAAAGUUGUUUUGUGGACAUCAUUGUGACAAAUUGAUACAAGCUGGACUUGUAGCACACAUUAGAAAAGGCUUGUCAUACAACGAGGUGUGGAUAGUAUUUUGUCAAAGUGCUUUGUUAGUUUUGACUCACUGUGUACUUCAAUAGACUUGCUGGUGUAUACCCUAGAUAAA